AGAGAGAGAAGAAGAAACAAGGAAAGAAAGGAAGAAAGAAGUUUUGGUUUUUUUUCUUGGAAAGAAAGUUUUGGUUUUUUUCUUGGCCACCAUUUAAGACCAUAUAUAUAGAUACAUAUGUAGAUAGCAUACAUACAUAUAGACACACACUCUCUCAUGAUGCGUAUUCUAUAAGCCAUUUUACCGCACCUUCACCUUCGCUGUACACUUACACGCUCAUUCCUCAAACCCUAGAUCUUAUACAAUUCUUUAUCUUUUUCUUUUCUUUUUUUUUUUUUUACGUUCUGUUAAACUGUACCCAUUUGCACAUAAACCCACACUUAAACACAAUUUCUUUCUUUCUAAUUCUCCGUAAUCCCUUUCUUAGAUCUGCACAAUUUUCGCAUUUCAUUUUAGUUACUUACGAUUCCCCAUCACCACCUGUAGAUUAGAAUUAUAUUUAAUGUUGUAGUUACAGAGACUUCUGGAUCCGUUCAAAACUAAAUACAUACUUCUUAAUAUGCCUCAAUUUACUUUCUUUUUUGUGUGAAUUUGGUGAUGUUUGUUGCCAAUUUUGCAGAGAGUCUUUUGUGAUAUAUAAAGUUUAUUCCUUUUUUUUGUUGAGAUUUUGGUGAUUGAUUCCACGCGAUCCGCAUAAAUUGAUUCCAGAUUUUACAUUUAUGUUUGGUAGAUUGGAUUAGAUCUGGGUUUUUGUUCUGAUGCUUUAUAUGUGGUAGUUUUGGAUUUUUUUAGUCAUUGGGUUAUCAAAUGGCAAUGCCACCGGGAAAUGUGGUCAUAUCAGAUAAAAUGCAGUUUCCCGCUGGCGGCGGCGGCGGAGUUGGAAAUGAGAUCCACCAGCAGCACCCCCAUCGCCACCAGUGGUUCCCGGUGGAUGAGCGUGACGGGUUCAUCUCGUGGCUGAGGGGGGAGUUUGCGGCUGCCAACGCUAUCAUUGACUCCCUCUGCCACCACCUGCGCGCUGUUGGGGAACCUGGUGAGUAUGACUUAGUUAUAGGGUGUAUACAGCAGAGAAGGUAUAAUUGGAACCCUGUGCUGCAUAUGCAGCAGUACUUCUCGGUGGGGGAGGUGAUUGUGGCGUUGCAGCAGGUGGCAUUGAGGAAGCAACAGCAGCAACAACAUAGGUACUAUUAUGAUCAGGCAAAGGUUGGGGGAAAGGAGUUUAAGAGAUCUUCGAGUGCCGGGUUUAACAAAGGACAGAGGGGUGGUGGUGAGGUAGUGAAAGAAGCUGUUAAUUCCAGUGUAGGAAGUGACAGUUUUGAUGGGAAUUCUUCAGGAAAUGGAGGGAAUGAAAAAAUUGAGGAGAUCAAAUCAGGAGGUGAUGGUGGGAAAUUGGAGGAUAAGAGUCGAGCGCUUGCUGAGGAUAAGAAAGAUACUACUGUGAAGCCACAUAGGGAUAAUCACUUGAAGAGUUCAGGAAAUUCAGAAGGAACCUUGUCUGAGAAUUUGGAAGCUGAGACUCUGGCUGUGGAUGAGCAAUCCAGCCCUAAAGAGAAUGAUUCACAUUCCAGUCAGAAUGAGAGUGUGAGGCAGAAUACCACUAUCACUGCAAAAACAUUUGUUGGUGCAGAGAUGGUUGAGGGAAAAACGGUUAAUGUGGUUGAUGGACUCAAAUUGUAUGAACAAUUGCUUGAUGAUGUGGAAGUCUCCAAACUUGUUUCACUGGUUAAUGAUUUGAGAGCUUCAGGGAGAAGAGGGCAAUUUCAAGGUCAGACAUAUGUGGUCUCAAAGAGACCUAUGAAAGGACAUGGAAGAGAGAUGAUUCAGCUGGGUCUUCCCAUAGCAGAUGCACCUGCCGAAGAUGAAAAUGCUGCAGGGACUUCUAAAGAUCGCAGAAUAGAAUCCAUCCCAACCUUGCUGCAAGAUGUCAUUGAUCGUAUUGUAAGCAUGCAGAUAAUUACCAUGAAACCAGAUUCUUGCAUAAUUGACAUAUAUAAUGAGGGUGAUCAUUCACAGCCUUACAUGUGGCCUUCAUGGUUUGGAAAGCCCAUUUCUGUGCUGUUCUUGACAGAAUGUGACCUCACUUUUGGGAGAGUAAUCACAGCAGACCAUCCUGGGGAUUACAGAGGCUCUCUCAAGCUGCCUCUGGCACCUGGAUCCCUCCUUGUGAUGCAAGGCAAAUCCACUGAUUUUGCUAAACAUGCAAUUCCUGCCAUCCGAAAACAACGCAUACUUGUUACCUUCACAAAAUCCCAACCCAAAAAGUUUGCACAAAGUGAUGGCCACCGGCUACCUUCCCUUGCUGCAGCCUCAUCUCCCCACUGGGGUCCACCACCAAGUAGAUCACCAAAUCACAUUCGCCAUCCUGUACCCAAGCAUUAUCCAGCAAUUCCAACCACUGGUGUAUUGCCAGCACCAGCCAUUCAGCCACAAAUCCGCCUGCCAAAUGGUGUUCAACCACUCUUUGUGACUACCCCUGUUGCAGCUCCGAUGCCUUUCCCUGCUCCAGUUCCUAUCCCAUCUGUUUCAACUGGAUGGCCAGCAGCUCCCCUAAGGCAUCCUCCAAAUCGUUUCCCUGUCCCUGUCCCGGGCACUGGUGUUUUCCUUCCUCCACCAGGUUCUGGUAACGCAUCAUCUCCCCAGAUAACAUUGACUACAACUGAAAUAAACCUUCCUGUGGAGACAACAUCACUGCCAGAGAAGGAGGACGGAACAGGGAAAUCAAAUCCUGUUACAUGUGCUUCUCCAAAAGAGAAAUUGGAUGGGAAGACUCAAAGACAAGAUUGUAAUGGAAUUCCAGAUGGGAGAGCUGUGACAAAGGAAGAAGAACAGGAAAGUGUUGAUCAUACAGUGGUAAACAAGUCAGCUGGAACAGUUUAGAGAGAGAGAGAGAGAGUAUUUUGUCAAAAAGGUAGGCUGCAAUUGCAAUGAGUUUGAUACAAAUGUAAAAAGAGCGGCGACAUUGGAGACUUGGACAUUUAAUACUAGUAGGGGGGACAAGGGGUAGGAAGAAGAAGAACAACUCAGUUCUCUUGGCAAUCCCUUGUGUUCUCUUUUCCAUUUUUUUUUUUUGUCUUAUUAUAUCAACUCUCACACUAGGUGGACACCUCAUCCUUAAUUCAACUUCUGAUCAGAAUUUUUGUUAUACGAUAAGUUUAAUGUCUGCUUGUUUUCUGGGAA